AUGUCGACCAGCGCCCCUAAUGGCGGUGUCUCGCUACCAAGGCAGUACCAGAGCGAUCCCAUCGCCGAUGCCGAGCUGCGCAACGGCACCAGCUUCGCCAUGCCCAGGGGCGUCUUCCCGGACGAUGGCGCGUCUCGCCUGGUCUCUCUGGACGCCAGCUCCCGGUUUCGACAGCAGGGUCACCUCGAACGAACAGCAUCGCCGCUGUCGCGAGGCUCCUUCUUCGGUCCCGGGAUGCUGAUGGACACGGCCAGAGCAGGCCAGGCUCCGGCGCCGCUGCAGCACUCUUCGUCGCCACCGCCGCCCAAGGGUGCCAUGCCCGGCGCGGACCGCAUCGCAGAAGGUCGGCCAAUGUAUCCCAAGGGGCCUCUCGACUUUGCGCCCUCGCCUUCGCCAGUGUCGAUUCUCCACGAGCGACCAAAGUCGUCGCUUUCGGAUGGCACUUUCGCCGCCAGUCGGGACUUCCACCAGGUCCCUGGCAGACCCGCCUUUGCCGCCGGUGGCGGCGGCGGUGGGUCCAAAGAGCCAGAGUUCAGCAUCUUCAUCGGCGACCUCAGUCCGGACCUGCGCGAGGAGGACUUGGUGACCCAGUUCCUCCAGCCUCCGCCGUGGCCGCCGCAGCAUCCCUUUGCCAUCGCACACGCGCACGCGCAGCGGAUGCAGGGCAUCCACCAACCGGGCGCCCGCGUGGGCCCGGCUCCGUUCCUCUCGACCAAGUCGGCCAAGAUCAUGACUGACCCCGUCACGGGAGCUUCGCGCGGCUACGGCUUUGUGCGCUUCACCCGCGAGGCCGACUGCAACCGGGCGCUGAUCGAGAUGCAGGGCGUGGUCAUCUCUCCGGCCAACGGCCUUUCGCCCGGCCGGCCGCUGCGGGUGAGCACUGCGACGCCAAAGAGCCGCAACUCGCCCAACUCGGUGGCGAGCGCCUCCGAUGCCCACCCGCACCCGCUCCAGAUGCCCAAGCCGCACCAUGCCGCCGCAGAGGAGUCGGCGGCCUACCUGCUGCAGCACGGCCUGUACGGCCGCAACAUUGCCUCGCCGCAGCCCAGGAUGCAUCCACCGCCACCGCCGCAGCAGCACAUGAUGCACUUUGCCUCGCCCCUGACGCCUAGCUCCCCGUUCGAGGCCGGCCUCAACGGGCAGCAGGGCCUAGCCGCCCUACACGCCCAGCUGCCGGGCUACGCAGGGGCCGGCAACGACAUGCUGGAUCGCACCGUCUCGCCUCCUUCGGGCCGCACCUUCACCCCGGCCAGCGCCGGCUCGGCUGCCGCCGCCGCCGCCGGUGGACCGCCCAAACCGAGCGCCAUGGACCCCAACAACACGACCGUGUUUGUGGGCGGCCUCUCGUCGCUCAUCUCGGAGGACACGCUGCGCCAGUUCUUUGAGCCGUACGGCGAGAUCACCUACGUCAAAAUCCCUCCCGGCAAGGGCUGCGGCUUCGUUCAGUUCGUCCACAAGGCUGAUGCAGAGCGUGCCAUCAACCUGAUGAACGGCUUCCCCGUCGGCAACGCUCGCAUCAGGCUGAGCUGGGGCCGGAGCCAGGGGGACAAGGCGGCGGCCGCGGCCGCUCAGGCCGUGCAGCAGGCGAGCCAGCUGGGUCACCUCGCCGGACUCGCCGGGCUCAGCGCCUUGACGCCUUCCCAGCUGGCGCAGCUGGCCGGCCUCGGCUCGGCCCUCAGCGCGGCUCAGGCCAGCGCCAACCGAUCCUCUAGCGGCCACUCGCACUUUGGCGGUGGCGACCACGCCGCCUUCUCGAACGACCCCCUGUCGACGCUGGCCCGACAGCUGGCCGCGGCCAAUGCGGGAGCUGCCAGCUCCAAUGGAUCGUCGGCUUACAGGCCCGCUCCGGUCCAGCAGCGUCCUCCGUCCCAGCCCUCGGCCCUGCAUCAUCACCAUCACCAGCAGACGCAGCAGCAGCAGCAGCAGCAGCAGCACCCACUCUCGCACCAGCAUCAGCACCAGAACCCGUACCCGCAGCAUCAGCAUCCGCAACAGCAGCCGCUCCACCAUGCGCCGCACCACCCCUUUCCCCCGCACCAGCCGUCGCACAUGGACGGCCCUGAUGGUUAUCGCCACCUGCAGCACACCUACGAGUCGCUGGCAUCCAUCAAUCCAUCGACUCUGCAGCAACUCCUGGCCGCCUCCAACGCGCCGGGCCUGUCGGACCACAUCGCUGGAAGGACGCAGCCCGCUCAGCCGCAGCACAUGUAUCCCGCCGCUGGCAACGGCGCCAGCGACGGUCAUGACCUCGCGCACGCAUUCGCAAGCCUGCACUUUGCCGAUGCCCCUCGAGGACCCCCGGUGUACAAGUCGAGGGAGGGCACUGGUCCCAACGACGGCGCCCACGGCACGGGCUACACGCGCGAUCCGUCCGCUUUCCUCUUCUCGCCGUUCAGCCCCGCUGAUUCGCCGGUCGUCGGCGGCAAGACCGAGCUGCCUCCCGACGGCAACGACGAUCACCUGCAGCGCACCGAUGCCCGACGCGAUGCCGACAGCGGCGGCGGCAUAGAAGCGUGA